GGGAGUUCAUGUGUAGGGUGAGGAACAGAAAGUGAGGUCAGCUGGACCAGACAUUUUAGGGUUUAAAAGCUAAAGGGGUCUUCCUUUCCAACCUGGUCCUGGGCAGGAUGGCUCCUGCAAAGAAAGGUGGAGAGAAAAAGAAGGGACGCUCUGCCAUCAAUGAGGUGGUGACCAAAGAAUACACCAUCAACAUUUACAAGCGGAUUCAUGGAGUAGGCUUCAAAAGGCAAGCUCCUUGUGCUCUCAAGGAAAUCCGCAAAUUUGCCAUGAAAGAAAUGGGAACUCCAGAUGUACACAUCGACAGCAGACUCAACAAAGCUGUUUGGGCCAAAGGAAUAAGGAAUGUUCCGUACCGUAUCCGAGUAUGUUUGUCCAGGAAAUGCAAUGAGGAUGAAGAUUCACCAAACAAGCUGUAUACCUUGGUUACUUAUGUGCCUGUCACCACUUUCAAAAGCUUCCAGACAGUCAAUGUGGAUGAAAACUAAAUUGAACUUCGUUUAAAUAAAAUUAUGAAAUGUCAAAUAAAAAACAAAAAAGCUAAAGGGGUUUCUGUUUGAUCCUAGAGGAAAUAAGGAGCCAUUGGAGUGGAUUGAAUAAUACUGAGGGACUUGGUUAAAUCUGGCACUUCUCUGGAGGGAGGGCCUGCAAGGAGAAUGAGACUUGGGGCAAAUAAGUAGCUAUAAAGUAUUCACAAAGCAGUUGCAGA